AAACUGGUGUCAAGAUGAAAUCCCUCCUAAUCUUCGCGUGCCUCAUGGUAGCCCUCGGCUUUGCCCAGGGCUACCUUUAUAGCCGUCCCUACUACUCCGGUUACGGUCAAUACCCAAGCUACGGUUACGGCAGCGGUUACGGCGGCGGUUACGGGAACGGCUACGGAUCUUAUGGCACGUACCGGCCGUACUACAGCAGAGGAUAUUAUGGCGGUUACCCGGGCCGGAAUCUGUAUUCUUACUAUUGAUUUGUUAGUUGAAUAAAUUGUUGAUUUUUA